GCUUUGCUUAUCCUCUCAUUCCUCUUUAUCGUUUUCAGUUCCAUCUUCCAAACCAAAUGGGGGCGAAAAUCUCUUCCCUUUCCUCCUGGUCCCAGACCCCUCCCCCUCAUUGGAAAUGCCGCUGAUGUACCUACAACGAUGAUGGGCCAGCGAUUCAAGGAGAUGAAUGACAAGUACGGUGAUGUCGUUUAUCUCUACGCCUUCGGUCAACCGAUGAUCAUCAUUGGCUCCCAUGAAGCGGCAUCCGAGCUUCUGGAUAAGCGUUCCGCAAUCUAUUCUGACAGACAGCCAUCGGCAAUGAGGGAACUUGCUGGAUGGGAGUGGACGUUCGUGCUCAUGCCCUAUGGUCUGCCUUGGCGCCGCAGAAGGAAGGAGAUGCAUCAAUUCUUCAAUCCAACUGCCGUCUCCCAGUAUCAGCCUUUGCAACAGCGCGAAGCCCUGAACUUUCUCAAGAAGCUUCUCGAAAAACCAGAUACCUUCCUCUAUCAAGUCCGCCAUUCCUUCGCGUCAACCAGCAUGCGCAUCUCCUAUGGUAUCGAAGUAGUCGAUGAGCAGGACCCGUACGUGGCAGCUGUCGAGAGAGGCGUAGCAUCAUUCAACGAGGCAUUCGUCCCUGGGGCAUUCCUUGUGGAGACCUUUCCGGUCCUCAAGAAACUCCCCGAUUGGUUUCCCGGUGCAGGUUUCAAGCGCACUGCCGCGGCCUGGAAGAAGAUUGCGCACAACAUGCGUGACGCUCCUUUUGAGAAGAUGAUGAAAUCUUGGAUGACGGGGGAAGCAGAAUCGUCCAUUGCGACCACGCUGAUGCAGACUGCCCUGGAUAAGACUGACAUAGACAUUGCAGAACAACAGAUGGUUGCUCGGGACGUAUCCGCCGUUGUGUAUGCCGCCGGUGCUGAUACGACGAUGUCGACUGUUCAAAUAUUCUUCAUGGCGAUGGCAUGCUACCCAGAAGUCCAAGUAAAAGCCCGUGCCGAGCUCGACGCCGUCGUCGGGUCUGACCGCCUUCCUACCUUCGAGGACCACAAGUCGCUUCCCUACAUCACUGCUAUUGCGAAGGAGUCCAUGCGAUGGCAAUCUGUGGUCCCACUCGGCAUUCCUCAUCGUUCGCUUGAGGAUGACGAGUUCAGGGGCUACUUCAUCCCCAAGGGGUCCGCCGUCAUUGCAAACUUAUAUGCAUUCUCGCGCGACGAACGUGUCUAUCCAAAUCCAGAGUCCUUCAAUCCAGAACGCUUUCUCAAAAACGGCAAGAUCAAUACGGAGGUCAGAGACCCCAACACGUUCGUAUUUGGAUAUGGACGUAGGAUCUGUCCUGGGAGGCACUUCGCGGAGGCUUCUCUCUUUAUCAUGAUAGCAUCGGUCCUCCAUACGCUUACCAUCGACCAAGCGGUGGAUCAACACGGGGAAUCCAUCGCUCCGGAGGCGAAGAUGACCUACGGAGUGUUAUCGUAUCCCGUGCCCUUCCCUUGCAGUAUCAAGCCCCGCUCUGCCGAUCAUGCAGCUCUGAUCCACACUAGCCUCGCUCACUCUGAUUGAAUUAUAAA